UUAUUAAUUAUAAUUAACUAUUAUUAUAUUGAAUGUAACGACAAAUGUCCGGCCGGUUGGGUGGCAUAUGACGAUCAACUAAAGUGUUUUAAAAUAGUUAACAAUUCAAUUGAUUCAACAUAUGCUGAUGCAAUAGACAAAUGUGGAAAACUAGAUCCCGGAGCUACACUGUUGACAAUACAUACACAAGCGGAACAAAACUAUUUAAAUGAUUUACUUUAUGUAAAAUAUAAAUUAGUCGAUACAGUAUGGUUAGGUGGACGGGUUAAACUAGAUCAACUAACCUGGAUAGACGGUAGCCCAGUUACCUAUUAUAAUUGGAUAUCGGGUCGUCCGCAUAAUGUUACCGAUGUUGAAUGUGUUGAAAUGCAAUCGGAUCCCCCGGGUAAAUGGGAUGAUAUAGCUUGUAAUAAACAUAACAUGGUGGUUUGUCAACAGCUACAAUCGGCACCAGUUAUUGAAUUGAAAAAAUUAAUCGAAGAAACUAGAAAAGAGUUACAUGAGCUUAGAACUAAUUAUUCAAGUCAACAAAAUCAAUUGGAUAAACUAGUAGCCAAUCCCGUACCUAUGGGUUUUGUAUAUACCCAGCUAUCUGGUCAACCCGAACCAUCCGCAAUAUGGCCACAAGUUAACUGGCAAGAUGUGACCCGUGAUUAUUCGGGUUUGUUUUUUCGGGCCGAGGGUUCCGGUUCCCUACCGUUUGGUCAGAUACAGGCAGCUAACUGGUCCCGAUUGUCUACAGUUUAUACAUAUAGGCGUUCAAUUAGUAUUACAACAAUAGAUCAAUCGCAUCGCUUAACCGAAUUACCCGUUACCGGUUGGAGCAAUGAUACUAUUGAUGAUAAUUUAGGUUAUUAUCCAGAUCAUUUGAAUCUGUAUUUUACUGAAUCAGAUAAUAGGCCCCGAAAUCAGGCCAUCAGAAUAUUUAAACGCAUUUAAAAAUCAAAUAUAGAUUUUAUUUAUUAUUAUUAUUA